UUGUUGUUGGUGAUGACAUGGACAUAUUUGUUGUUACUGGAAGGCGAGGGUAGAGCGUGGUAAGGAGGGUCAGGUUUGAGCGAUUGAAUUCGAAAUUUUGAAGAAAAAAACGAGGCUUUGUUUUCCUAGGUUUCAACGAUAAAAUAACUGAGGUGGGGUGAAGAGCGGUUAUGUCGGUGAAUAUGGACGAACUUAGGCAUCAAGUGAUGAUCAACCAGUUUGUUUUGACUGCUGGUUGUGCUGCUGAUCAAGCGAAGCAGCUUCUUCAAGCGGCUCACUGGCAAUUCGAGACAGCCUUAAGCUCCUUUUUCCAGGAGGCCAACAUCCCUAGUCACCACCACCAGAUGAUGUGCACUCCAAGGAACACCCCAGCCACGCCGCCUAACUUCCCCGAUACCAUCACCAUGUUCUCCAAGCUGAGGGCGUCAGACUGCUCGGGGAGCUCCGGAGGCGGAGGUCCCACCCAGGUGUCCAUGGCCUGCUCCCCCCCCUCCUCCACAGCUGGCUUCGGAUCCUUCUGGGCCUCAUCACCCCCCAACCACCAGCCCGUCUGGCUGCCCCCCUCCUCGCCCACAGGCCACCACAUGCACCACCACCAGUACCAGCACCAGCACCACCACCACAUGCACCAGACCCCCAUGUGGCCCCCUGUGUCCCAGCCCGGCAGCGCCCAGCAGACCCCUGUUAUAUCGGUCCUGCAUGGCCAGAGAUGAGACUCUACCCAGGUGUGGGAGGGAGGGGGCCGGGGAGGAUAGUGUGGGGCUGUGCUGGGCGGAGCUAUGUGCAGCCUAAUGAAUCUACUAGGGGGGUUGGGUGUCAGGAUUAAAGGGUCUUGUUGGCCAAGGGGUAAAGACACGCUACUGUUGUUUUCCUUCCUUUCUUUCUAUUUUUCUAAAAUGAUGACGUCCUCCUUCUUUGGAGGAUGUCUGUCUCUGCUCUCUCUCUUCAUCAUAACUCAUCAAAGCCUGGGAAGAACCGGGAGAGAACCACUAAUAACAAUAUGAGGAAGUGGAAUAUAACGAAGGGGGUGGAGUCUCUAACCCCCCCCAAGGACUCUGGGAAAGGCAGUUUUCUUUGUCAAUGCAAGUCGAGCCCUGGACCCAGCAGAGCACUUACUUAGGAUAGGAGCCAUGUGAUCUGCUAAAGUGCUUGAUCAUUGGCUGUUUUUCAAAACUCUUCUCUCCCUUGGGGUUCAAUAACGCUCCAGUGAUGUGACCAGAUUUCACAAUAACCAGCAGACAAAAUCAAAAUGGGACUGCAACACAAAUGAUGAUGGUUUUGUGUUCUCGGCUGAUCUUAUGGCCCAGAAAAAAUGUUUUCAAUAUUGUUUGUGGUAUGGAUAUCUGUAUAGUACAGAUCAUGGAGAAACACUGUAGCCAUUUUGUCAAGUUUCAUGUAGCCAUGUAUCCCUUUUUAAAAUGUCUAUUUUGUAAGUACUAUGUAGCUUAGUGAAACCUGACUCAGUGGCUCCACUGCAUGCUGUUGUGUCUGAGAAGUGGGCUCUUCAGUAUGUGUGGACUCGAAGCUUUGGUUUUAAAGUGUCUGAAAGCUGACCUUCACAUCAGAAGUGUUUUAAGGAGACGUGUAAAGAAAUGUUAAUACUGUAAUUCAGUUUGUGUUGAGACACAGCAAAGUAUGCAAUCAUUUGAUGGAAGCCUGAAGCCAGUUUAAAGGCUGAUGCAUUUUUAUCAUUGUAUUUGGGAACAUUUUCUACCUAUGGAUGUCUAAGGCACUGCAUCUCAGUGCUAGAGGCGUCACUACAGACCCUGGUUUGAUUCCAGGCUGUAUCACAACCGGCCGUGAUUGGGAGUCCCAUAGGGUGGCGCACAAUUGGCCCAGCAUCGUUGGGGUUUGGCCACAGUAUGCCGUCACUGUAAAUAAGAAUUUGUUCUUAACUGACUUGCCUAGUCAACUUUCUUUUGACUGAUAAUGUAAACUGGUUUUCAGUGACAAUUAUGGAAACAUCUUCUGAACUCCAUUGUAAAUAAAGGCUCAGCAGAAACAAAGUGCAAAAACUUUGAACUCCGUAACCUGGCUGGGGACGAGAUUGAGAUCUCAGUUAUCUGUCAACACUGAACUUAAUCUGGUUUGCAAAUGUUUUGACUAACAUAGAUGGGUGUGAGCCAUCAGUAGGCUACCUCUUCAGGUUUCUAUUGGGAGUGGAGGCCCACUCAGUGAUUUACUACACAACCUCUAGCAGAAGAUCAACUGGUCCUACCUCUGGUUAAAUGGGAGAGGCCGAAUGUAUUCCCUGGAGAAACAGUCGGUGUCAAUGGGUCAGAUUAGCAGAAUCUCUUCUAGUGCUCAAAACGUGUGUAAUUCUUUGACUGAUGAUGAAUUGAGUGUCUUGUCAACUAUAGAAUUAUGAAUUUAGUACGGGUUGCAAAUAUUUACUAAAUGAUUGUUCAGGCAAUGUUACAUAUGAGAUUCAGUGUACCAACGAACAAUGCUUCAUAACCCAGAGUCUUACUUAUAGGUGAGCUCUUCAUACAACAGCCCAUGUCAGAACAUUUGCAAAUCUAUCAAUGGUGACAGAUGGAAAGGUAGCCAUUUUCACCAUCAUUCUCAUAAUUAUCACAAUAAAGAGGGAAUAGAGAAGUCUGAACAGGUUGCAGUUGUAUACAGAGGGUACUUUAUCUGAAAUAAUGUCACAUUCAUUCAUGCCCUCACUAAAUGAUGCUUUAAUAUUAUGCCUGCCUGCCACGUCUUCACUCAGACAAUCAUAUUCACACGAUCCCUCUGGUUGAAUACAUGUCAAAUCACAUUUGUCAAGCUGUGACCUUUGUGAGGAUGAUUUUAUAAUGUACAAUAUGGACAGUCAUGUAGCGUUGGACAGAUGCCACCUGGCCAAUGUGGACCCUUGUCAAUGUCACCAGAAAGAAGGGACACUGCUCCACUGUGCUGCCAUGUGGUCUGUUCUGGUUCUAAAUCCAUGGAUCUUUUCAGAUGGACAUUAGAACCUCAACGGUGGUUCCUCUUGGUGUUCAUAGCACCACCUCAUUCAUUAACUCAUGUGUUCUAUUAAGGGGAACAUUUGUUGUCAACUGCAUGAGUUUUGGUUGGUGAUUUUCCAGUUCUGUGUUUUUAACAAGGUGGGAGUGGAGGGUGGUCCCAUAAUGAGUGUUUCCUGCUGUGUGGAUUACUGGCUCCUCCUCCUCAGUAUUGUUGUGGUAACUAACACACCCAGACACAGUAGUGUUGGGGGAUUAUGGUUCCUGUGGUGAUGUGACCCGGUCUCCAUUCUCCUGCCACAGCUUUGGAAUUCAUCAACAUAUUUUAUAAGGCUCUCAUGAAUCUCGGUCAACAGUAGAUCAUUUGGUCCCCCGUGAUAUCUGUACAAACUGGGUGUUAUGAAAUGUUUGAACGUCAUGUUCACCCAUACAAGAUGUGCAGAAUGCCUGAUGGAAAUCCGAAAACAAGUCAAACACCAAGCAAUUUGCAGUGCACUUGAGUAAUUCAAGAACUUCUCAUGGACCCUCAUUUACAUCUCUCUAAUCUGGCUUUUUAUAUGGAUAUUUCUCUCCUGUACUGUGUUUAUUUCCCCUGUUGAAAUGUGUAUUUAUAUGUUUAAUAAAAUAAGGUAUGAUCUGCUAAGUGU